UAGGCUAUGGGACAAAUGUUAAUCAUGCAUUUGAAAUCUUAUAUAUAUUCUGUGGCCAGGCGUGGAUUUGGAAGUCCAGCAUUGCCUCUCAAAUUAUUAAAUCUAUACAUAUUGAAAGAACUGCCUUCUGGCAACUAUUGCUUAUAAUAAGGGCCGUGGAGGGUUCAGCUAUUCUUAAUUAUCAUGAAAGCCACGUGGCGCCUUUUGUUGACGGCCUCUUGCAUCAUACAGCAUACGCAUGCAUUCACACUUUACCCCAGGGAUGGCCCUGAUGUUGUGGAGCUUAUGAUAAAUCGCAAAGAUGUCCCUGAUCCUGUGGGCAGAGAUAAUGUAAGGCGCAAACGUGACAAGACAGUUGGUCAGGUACUUGAUAAUGAGGAGAUGUUAUAUUUCUGCAAUGUUACACUUGGGACGCCAAAUCAAAGCUUGCGCCUCGUUAUUGACACUGGAAGCAGCGACUUAUGGUGUAACGCGGCAAACUCGACUCUUUGCUCUUCGUCUAGAAACCCUUGCAGCGUUUCCGGCUCAUAUGAUCCAACCCUUUCCUCAACAUAUGCAUAUACGUCUUCGGAUUUCAACAUUUCCUAUGCAGAUGGCACCGGAGCAACCGGGGCUUAUCUGACCGACAACCUCCAGAUCGGAGGCGCAACCCUAGAACACUUCCAAUUUGGCGUGGGGUAUUCAUCUAGUUCACCGGAGGGCGUUUUAGGCAUAGGGUACCCUUCUAAUGAGGUCCAAGUUGGUCGUUAUGGUAAAGAACCUUACCCAAAUCUUCCAUGGGCGAUGGUUAAGGCAGGACUACUCAAAUCCAAUGCCUACAGUCUCUGGCUCAAUGAUCUGGACGCAAACACCGGCUCAAUCUUAUUUGGGGGGGUAAACAAAGCAAAGUACAACGGACAUCUGCAAACCCUGCCCAUCCAAACUGUCAACGGUGGCUAUUCAGAACUCAUAGUGGCGCUUACGGCAGUUUCGUUGAAAUCAGAGUCAACGCAUCACAGUUACUCUUCGAACUCACUUCCAGCUGCUGUUCUCCUUGAUUCCGGGAGCUCCUUGACAUAUCUCCCCGAUGGUGUUGUUCAAGAUAUCUAUGAUGAUCUUGGGGUGGUCUAUGAAUCUUCCAGUGGUGCAGGAUAUAUACCAUGCAGCAUAUCGGAUGAUGAUAUCCAAUUGGUGUAUACUUUUUCAUCCCCUAACAUAACAGUUGGGAUUGAUGAGCUUGUGCUUGAUGCCGGUGAUCUCCGCUUCCAGGAUGGCACACGUGCUUGUGUCUUUGGUAUUGUCCCUGCCGGUGACAGCACAGUUGUCCUAGGCGACACAUUUCUACGCAGUGCUUAUAUUGUAUAUGAUCUUUCUAAUAAUGAGAUCUCCCUCGCAAACACCAAUUUCAAUUCAACAGGGGACGAGAUCCUGGAAAUCGGUACGGGGAAGAACGCAGUUCCUGGUGCCACCCGAGUGUCGCACCCAGUGACGUCCGUGGUGGCUGAUGGUCCUGGUGCUAGGAUUGGCGGACCGACAGGCAGUAUCACGACUGAUUUGCCAUCUUCAGCAAGCAAAGGGAAAUUUCAUGCUGGCGCGCCAACCAACAUUUUGAUGUAUCUGGGCUUGACGAUCCACACAUUGGGGCAUCUGUGGACGAUUUGAUUAAUUUGUGCUGUCUUUCACCCCUGAAAAAUAAUAGAAUUAACCAGACUCUAUUCCACGAGCGGCAAAGGCAAACUCGAAGGCCAUAGUGGUGUCCGUGAUUUCAUUGCUAGUGGUGGUAGUAGGUAGUUAACAGCCCUCAUCUAUGGACAUCCGGUACUCAAUAGAUGAGAUGAUGGUCACCGAGUCUAUGGGCACCCAGAAGGUCAGUUUGAUAUGCUCAUGAG